UUUCGGUUUUUAUAUUGUCAAAAUUAAUUUAUACACUUUCGCCCGUAUUUGCAAAUUAAGUUUUUUGUUAUUACUCGAUAGAUAUUGAAUGUUAUGUCGUCGAGACUGGAAUAGUCGUGAGAUCUAAUCUGCAAUAAAACUAAAUCAAAAUAAACUCGGCAGGCAUUCGGCUUCGAGCCUUCAAAUUUACAUGGAUCCUUGGGGUUGUAAAAUUAGUAUACCAGAAGUUCCAGCAGAAUUUGAAGAUAAUUUCAAGCCUGAACAGAAGUUUGAUAAAUUGACUGAUUCUGCCGAGUACCUCGCCGUCCUCGAAAGAAAACUAAAAGCCCUAAGAAAGAAAAAUAAAGUAGUUGAAGACCUAGCUGCUUACAGAGCUGACUGCCUUGAUCGUCUCCUAAGAGAAGGUUGCGAUCUUGACCCUGUCAUUGGUGAUACUGACUCUGAGAAACUCAUCCAAGAAUAAACUAACA